AUCAAUAUAAGAAGCAAGCAUUCAAGAGCAAAGAGAUGAAGCGUCCACACUCACAAAGGGGAGGAGUAUAUAGCUCAUUAGAAGAGGUUUGUUGUGUUUGAGUCUGAGGUGGACCGGUUUGCAGCAUAAUUUGCAUAGUACAGUUUUCUGGUCCGUGUCAGAGUUUGUAUAACCAAACCAUGUCCAUGCUACAGUGGUAGCCCCUCAUUUAGGAAUAAGGUCCUUGAUUUGUUUUGACGGGUCUGUUUGGAGCCAGUUGUUCCUGCCUCCUCUUCACUGGCCAUGCUGGGAUUCUCUGUGCCCCGAUGAACAAAUAUUGCUGUAAACAGUGUGCUUUGCAACACCAUGAAACAAACGAUAGCGUAUAAUUUGAAACGACAGAUGUUUUCAUAUCUGAUGUAUUUUGUCAUAUUGCACAGCCCUAUUCAGAAGUGCUAAACUCAUUUUACCUUUUUGUUCAUAUUAGGCCUUUAUAUAUAGUGGGUCAGUUGACUGAACUAGUAUAUUUAAACUGAGCUGGACUAACUGGAAACCAGUGUACUAAUUGUUCUGAUGAUUAACGGUUGAGUCUCUUUUUGCGUUUCCUGUGACACGGUGAUGCAGGGGAAGUACUUCUACCUCACACCAGGGAUCUGUCCAAGCCUCAGCACAAUGAAGUCCAUUCUGGAGAGCGCCGGAGGAAAGCUGCUGACCAAGCAGCCCUCAUACAGAAAGAUCAUGGAGCACAAUCAGAAUAAGAACCUUCCGGAGAUCAUAUUAAUUUCCUGCGACAAUGACCUUCACCUCUGUAGGGAAUACUUCUUGAAAAACAUUGAUGUCCACAAUGCUGAGUUCAUUCUGACUGGAGUUCUCACCCAGAAACUUGACUAUGAAUCAUAUAAGUUCACUUGAUGACGCAGCAGUGAAGCAUAAAGAAGAGGACACGGGACAGAAUGAGGACAACCGUGUGUACAGUCCAGCCACACUGACUUUUCUAUGUUUUUAUUUCUGUGCAGAUGUCUCCAGUCUUUUUGUAGCCUUUUGUUACCUGUUUGAGACGAAUUAAAUGGAUGUUAUUUUUGUGAAAUAAUUGUUUAAAUUAUGGAGGAUGAAACUUUGUUUUCUGUUGUUGAGAAUAGGAUGUGUAAAGCUUCAGCUCACAAAUGCUGCUUUUUGGAAUAAAAACUACACUUUGAUUGUGAAAAA